AUGCAGCUGAAUAACUCGUCUCAGACGUCUCUCUCGUCCAACAGAGAUAAGGACCUUCCGCCGGUGCCGAUGCCCAAAAAAGAGUCGCACGGCGCCAAUGGCCGUGGAUCUGAGGGCCUGGUCUCGGUCUCGUCAACCACGUCACCUACCACCUCGACACACGACAUUUCACCAGCUGAAUUGGCCCGUUUCCAGAACUUGAAGCUUCUGCAGCAGAAAAAGAGACCUCGGCCAGCGCCGUUGAUGAAUCUUGAAAAGGCAAACCAGCCUGCCCAGUCUCGGCUAAUAGACUCGCUCAAGACGCUCGAGAUUCUGCAGACGCCUCCAGCGCUGGCCCUGGCGCUGGCACUGGCACUGGCACUGGCGCUGGCACUGGCACUGGUGCAGCAGCAGCAGCAGCAGCAGCAGCAGCAGCUGGACCCGACCACACGCAAACGACAAACGGUCGUCAGCUCGAUAUCGCCAACGAAAUCGGUUUACACGCCCUCUCCUAGAGAUCAGGCACUACCCAUCUUGGGGCUGGAUUCCCCAGUUGCAACCACGUACGGAUCCUCAGGUUACAACCUUAAGGACGAGAACUUUGUGCAUUUGAAAGAGUUGGGGCUGGGCAACUCCGGCGUAGUGCUGAAGGUGCUACAUAUUCCUCUGCAGAAAACUAUGGCCAGGAAAGUGAUUCACAUCGAGAGCAAACAGGACGUCCAGACUCAGAUCAUCCGAGAAUUGAGGAUUAUGCAUGAGGUCAGGUCCCCAUAUAUCAUUGACUUCUUCGGUGCCUUUCUACGUCCCAACAACUCCAUUGUGCUUUGCAUGGAAUACUGCAAUUGUGGAGCACUAGAUCGUAUUCUAGCGCUCUGUGACGACCGCCAGUUCCCAACUCCGGCCCUCAAGAAAGUGCUGUUUCUGAUCCUUGCAGGUCUUACGUACCUCUACGAUAAACACAAGAUCAUUCACCGGGAUAUCAAGCCCUCCAAUGUUCUCAUGACACACAAGGGCGAAUUCAAACUAUGUGACUUUGGUGUUUCCCGAGAGCUCACAAACUCUAUUCUCAUGGCUGAUACGUUUGUAGGAACAUCCACUUAUAUGUCUCCAGAACGUAUUCAGGGCCAUAAAUACGGCGUCAAGUCCGACAUUUGGUCGAUGGGUCUCAUGUUGUAUGAAUUGGCCACAGGCAAGAGUAUAUGGGUCGACAGUGACGAUACCAACGACGACGAUAGUUCCAAGCCGGCAGGACCCGAAGGAAUAUUGGAUUUACUCCAACGCAUUGUCAAUGAGAAUCCUCCAUGCUUAUCAAACAAGAUCAACAAGGUGACCGGUAGACCGUACGAUAAGGACUUGUGUGAUUUCGUUGAGUCGUGCUUGGUCAAGGACGACACCAAAAGAAAAUCUCCACACGAGCUUCUUGAUGCCCAAGGCGGCUUCUUGAAAGGCGUUGCUCAAGGCCUAUAUGAUAAGGACGUCAAGGCUUGGGCGAAGACGAUUAGAAAACGAAACAAGGAGAGAAACGAGCAGGAGGCAUCUUAG